AUGUUUGAUCUACCAGAUGCUAAGCGCGUCCGCCGCGAUGAGAUGCGUUCUCCAGCGUCCUCCCGGUCGCCAUCACCAGCACCAGAUGACAGCGCCGCCCAAGAUGCAUACGCCCGGCUAGGAAAGCUACUCAAUCUCGAUCAAUUGGACAGUACACAGCAGACAACGAGUGAGGAUAAUCAACCCGUGGAGAACGAGGACGAGGAACAAGAAUUCGAGUUCCGCCUAUUCAGCGCCCCCGCCAAAGCAACGGAAGAUACCACGAAGCAGUCAGGAAAGGCUACAGACGAGAAAAGCACAGAGGAAAAGCCAGUGGCCACUACACAAAAAUUGAGGAUUCGGCUGCAUUCACCUACACCGGGACCUGGCGCCGGCGCCGAAGGACGAUUUGUGAAAGCCUCCCGCGGAUGGGAUUAUUACUUCUCUACACCGUCUCUCCAGGGCACUCGGAGCGGAGAAACUAACAUUGAAGACGAGAGCCGGAUAGCAGAAAAGAAGAAACAAUUUGAGGAUAUGGCCGUUAGCGGACAGCACGUGUUGACAUGGGCCAACUCGCUAGUCUGGCCCGGUUGUCAUCUCCCCUGGCGAGUCAUCCACCUCAAACGCCAUCAGACCAAAAUGCCACGCCCAGCCAAUAGUCUUCCCGUCUACGUGGUAGAAGGCGUACCUGUCUCGAAGAGUCCACUUACACGCAAGAAGCCAGGCAAGAAGCGACGAGUGCAGCUGCGCAAGCGGGUUGCGGCUGCGCAGGCUGCUAAGGAAAAUGAAGCAGAGAAGCGGACUCGCAAGAACCGCGAGAGAAAGCUUAAGCGUAGACAAAAGGCGAGAGAACAGAAGGCUGCGGCGGCAGGUGUCAGUGUUGAAGAUGUCGUUAUGGCGGAUGGUGAUGAUCAUUCCUCAGGCGGGGAGGAAUGA